AUGGGGGCAGCGGCAACCAAUAACAACACCAGUUUACCUGCCACUGUACCUCGUCUCCCAACCACUUCCACAAUUCCGCCUUUCCGCCUCAGCACAAGUCCACCUGCACAACAGUUCCGCAUCCACGAUGAUGAACUAGGUAAGAAGAUUUGUAUGGCCGUUCAUGAAUUUCAGCAAAGUAACUCCUGGGAGACGUUUGCUACGGCACAGAGAGGAUCAGCUCCAGAUAUUGCGCCCAAUGUGAGGCAUCUGGCACAUCCAGCUGCACACCUCCUCGAUCACCUUCGAAAUCAUGGCGCACCCAUACCGAUGUCUACACUACCUUGGAACAUACAACGACGAGACGACGCCGUCGCCCGAGGUCCCCACAAGUCUGCAAAAGACGAAGUGUCCUUCGUCCGAGAAGAGUUCACUGAUUUUCUCAACAAGAAAUUCUGGACUCGUGCGGCAUCUACAGAACUUGCGACUCAGUCCUCUGGGCGUAGUUCCACAACGGGACAGACGGCCCAGACUGAUAGUUGA